AUGCCCGGAAGCAUUGCUGCUCGCCAGCGGCACCCCCCAACCCGGACCAAGGUGAAGACUGGUUGUGCGACGUGCCGGAUAAGGAAAGUCAAGUGCGACGAGGCCAAGCCCUCCUGCCAGAAAUGCGUCUCCACUGGCCGUACUUGCGAUGGCUAUGACUCUCCCUUCAGACUGGUCUCUGCCCGCCCAUCUAGGGGCAGUGUUUCUGCCGCUGCCGGUGGUGCCGGCAUCAGGUCAGACAUCGCCGGCUCACGACCCGGUCCAAGCGGGCCAGAGUUCGUCACGCCACCUAGUGCCACAGAGAUCACCCCCCAGGAUAUCGACCUGCUCAACCGGUACUUCUCCACCAAGACCAUAUUCGACGUCAACAUAGGCUGCGAAGACGCCGCCAAGCAGAUCCUACGAGCUAGCUUGACCGAUGAGCCUAUACGGCUUGCGGUUUCAUCUCUGAGGGCCUUGCGGGAACACCUCGAGAUCACGGGGGACAUCGUGGUUUCCGAAGAUUCCGUUUCAAGCCUGCAACAGCAGCCCCCCGACUCCGGCUACGACUAUGGCCUCCAGCAGUACUGUGCUGCUCUCAAGGGUCUCGCAUCCAACCUGGCAUCGCCCCUAGGCUCAAAGGGGCUCAAGUCAGCGCUGCUUUGCUGCCAGAUUUUCAUCAGCAUCGAACAAGUCCGGUGGAACUUCACCACCAUGGCCCAGCACAUCAUUCAAGGCCUCGCCAUCCAGCACGAGUACCGCGCGAGGCCCUCCAUCGUUACCGCAGACCCAAACAAGUUUGUCCCAGCAAAUCAUGACCAGCUACCGCUGCUCGACGCCUUCGUCAUCAAAUUCUUUGCUGCGCCAUGCAAAUUCGCAGAUGCUCCUGUGCAGUCGGCCUUACCCAGCAACUUCCGGACCAUCGUCCCCGACAUGCGCACGGAGCUGGCCAGGAUCUCCUCCUUGACGCUCGAGUUCCUCGACAACCUGUCGCAAAUCAAGUCAGGCCGAGCUGCCGUACAACUACUUCCCGAGAAGGCGUCUUUGCUCGACUCCCUAGAAUCCUGGCUCAGUGAGGUGGAUGCACAACAUGCUGAUACCGAUCUUCUUUCAGUCGCUUUCCUGCGCUUAUUUCAUCGAGUACUAAGAGUUGUGCUCUUGGGUGCAUUGGAUUCUGCGUCUGAUUCCGAGCUGGAGAUCGAAAAUGGUCGACUGCAGGCGGUGGCUGAUGACAUCCACGAGAGAGUCAAGUCUUACAGAACGGCAUGGAGUGGUGCCAAGAGCAGUCCAGGAUCGUCAACUGGAUGA